AUGACCGUCGACACAGUAACCCCCCAACAAAUAACAGUCGGCGUCCUAGCCCUCCAAGGCGGCGUCAUCGAACACAUCUCCCUCCUCCAAAAAGCGGCUGUCCAGCUAUCAUCACAACAAUCAACAGACUCCUCGUCAACAUCGACGCCGCAGUUCAACUUCAUCCAAGUCCGCACCACCGCCCAGCUCUCGCAAUGCGACGCCCUUGUUAUCCCGGGAGGAGAAAGCACCACCAUGGCGAUAGUCGCCCGACGACUGGGGUUGCUUGAUCCGCUACGGGAAUUUGUGAAGCAAGUCCUCUUUGUUGCCUUCACUCGUUCUUCUCUUUCCUCAACCCACUUGCCCCUUUCAGUCCAACACAAACCAACAUGGGGUACCUGCGCCGGCCUAGUCAUGCUCGCCUCUGCUGCCUCAGCAACCAAACAAGGCGGACAGGAACUUAUCGGCGGGUUGGACGUCAAAGUCCUGAGAAACUGGUACGGCACGCAGAUCCAGAGUUUCGUGGGGGAUUUGCGGCUGCCUUUCCUCGAGGAAGAACAAGAUAAGAAGCCGUUCAGAGGCGUGUUUAUCCGUGCGCCUGUGGUGGAGGAGAUUAUCACUUCCGGUUCUGGUACCGCUGAGAAUGCGGUAGAGCUAGGGAACGAUGAGAUCGCCAGACUCAAGGAGAGGCAGAAGACCGAAAAGGUGCAGGUCUUGGGGACUUACCCUAAGCCACAAGGGACGGGAGAAGGAGAUGAUAUCGUUGCGGUGCGGCAGGGCAACGUAUUCGGCACGAGUUUCCACCCGGAGUUGACGGAUGAUGUGAGGAUACAUGUUUGGUGGUUGAAGCAAGUUGUUGAGGGGUUGAGGUCAGGGGGAGGCGGUGUUCAGGCUCAGUCGUAA